CAGAGCUGCAUUGCCUGGCCUCCACUUUCCCUCACCAGCUCUGCACUCCCCACAUCAUGUUUGGAGAGCACUGCAGUCUCCCUUCAGAGCGAACUCUGCUCAGCCAUCCCCCCAAAACUGGACUCCGCUGCAAAAUGGUGCUUCAGGCCGUCAGCAAAGUGCUCAGGAAAUCUAAAGCUAAGCCAAACGGCAAGAAAACUGCUUCGGAAGAGAAGAAAGUGUACCUGGAGCCAGAGCACACCAAGUCCAGGAUUACCGACUUUGAGUUCAAGGAGCUGGUAGUGCUGCCCCGGGAGAUCGACCUCAACGAGUGGCUGGCCAGCAACACAACAACAUUUUUUCACCACAUCAACCUGCAGUAUAGCACAAUCUCAGAAUUUUGCACAGGAGAGACGUGUCAGACAAUGGCUGUGUGCAACACACAAUACUACUGGUAUGACGAGCGGGGGAAGAAGGUCAAGUGCACCGCCCCCCAGUAUGUUGACUUUGUCAUGAGCUCUGUGCAGAAGUUGGUAACUGAUGAAGAUGUGUUCCCCACAAAAUACGGCAGAGAAUUCCCCAGCUCCUUUGAGUCCUUGGUGAAGAAGAUCUGCAAGUAUCUGUUUCAUGUAUUGGGCCACAUCUACUGGGCCCAUUUCAAGGAGACCUUGGCCCUUGAGCUGCACGGACAUUUGAACACACUGUACGUGCACUUCAUCCUUUUCGCCAGAGAGUUCAACCUGCUUGACCCCAAAGAAACCGCAGUCAUGGACGACCUCACUGAGGUGCUGUGCAGCAGCCCAGGUAGCAGUGGUGCCACUGGGGAUGGGGCCAGCAGUGGAGCUUCCGGAGCACAGAACCACGUGAAGGAGAGAUGAGCCUCCAGGGCCAGAUGGAUGCACAUGUGCAAAGAGACAACUGUGUGUCUGUGUGUGCGCACACAUUCCCCGGGCGUGCUGGUGGCAAGGUCUGAGGGCCCCAGGCUGCGCAGAGUGUGGGCUCCAUGGAUGCCGCUGGAGUCAAGGCGUGUUUCCUGACUUUCCUGUUGGAUGGAUGAGUGCUGUUUGUAGUGAAGAGCAUUUGGAGUCAUUCAUUCAUUCAACAAACAUUUAUUGGACUGAUGUUUUUCUUCUGUGGGGCUUUCCUUUCUUGGGUCUUCCAUGUGGCUCUUGCCCUCCCCUCCCCUCUCUCAGGGGGGCUCUGCGGCUUUGAAAGUAGCACCUUGUGAGGUGUCUCCCCCUUGCGGGGCUUGCUCUGCAGACCUGGAGUUCUGCUGUGCUUUGGGGAUGGGCUUUUUACAGAGGCCCACCCUACAGCUUCCCUCCCUAGCCCUUGCCUGGAUCUUGGCUCGGAGCCCUUAGGGUAGAGAGGCCUGGGGUGACCCUUGAGGGCCCACACCUGCUGCUUGCUCCUGUCACCCCUUCUUGCUGCCUCCUCAGUGCCCAUGGAGGUCCCAUUUGUGCAUAGGGGCCAGGGUAGCACCAGGACCUGGCUGAGUCCCUGUGUGGAGACAGGGCUGUCAGUGAAAGGCAGAAUCUGCUUUAGUUCAUCUGUUCGGUCAUAAUAAAAGAAUUCUCUCAGGUCA